CUGCAUCUAAUUGAUAAGCUUCUUCGAUCUCAUGGUCGACAUCUUUCUGAAUGGACUCAGAUGCCUGCCUCUACCAUGGACUGGGCUGCUUAUGAGGACAACCCUCUUUUGGCAGCACAGCUGGCAUACGACAUUCCAUCUUUGCGGCAAUUGGUCAAUAAUAACCUUCAAACCUUCAAUGCAGAGCAGCGUGAGGCUUAUGAUAUUGUGGUGGAGUCUGCUACUCAUCAACAAGGGAGAUCAGUAUUUCUUCAUAGUGCUGGAGGUGGUGAAAAGACAUUUGUCUGCAAUACUAUUGCUGCCGCUGUUCAUGCUCAAGGACAGAUUGUGUUAACCUGUGCCUCCUCCGGUAUAUCUGCUGUUCUCUUAGCUGGAGGAUGUACAAGUCAUAGCACCUUCAAAAUUCCAAUCCCUUCACGUGAUGAUACAACAUGUAGUAUUCGCAGAGGGACUCACUUAGCUGAGCUUCUUUGUCAGACUGCACUCAUCAUU